GCCAUGUUUAACAUAUUCCAUCCGAUUCUGAAAUGGCUUUGCUUUUUCGUUAUAGUCGUAAUUGUGAUUUUUAAUCUCAUAAAUCAAGGUACCUAUACUAGGUACCGGAAGUUCAGAGUUUGGGAAGUUAAAGCGAGUAUAUCAGACGAUCCUUCCACUAUGUCACCUCCUUUCAUUAAAAUUUCGAGCACACCUCUGCCCCGUUUCUUUGUGGAGACCGCCAAGUGCAAGAUUCCUUAUGUGAACCCCCUCGAUCCGGAGGCUAUGUUCCCUCCCGACCAUUUCGAGGUCUGUUCCAACGAAUCUGCUUUGGUGACCCCGAUUUAUGACAUCAGUCGAAAGCGAUAUGUGCUGUUCAUCAAUAAUACGAUGGCCUCACUUUCUUCCAACUCCAGCGAGGUGGAGUUCAACUGCUAUUAUCAGGAGAUCAUGCGCAAUACGAGCCGCGACAACUACUCCAAGGUGGAUCGAAAGUAUUUUUCGCAGAACUACGAGGUGCCGCUGCAUGUGCAGGGCUUGAUUUUGGCCUGCCAUCGUGUGGGGAACGAUACGGACAUCCUGCAGAGCGAUGCAUACUCCCUCAUCCAAUAUAAGCCACUCCCCAAAGGACUCUCGAAGGAGCCGGCUAGACGGAAGCCCAGCGUCCUAAUGUUCGGCAUAGACACCCUGUCUCGGAUAAACCUACGUCGAACCAUGCCAAAGGUUUAUAACUUCCUAACGGGCAGCGGUUGGUACGAGCUGCAGGGUUACAAUAAGAUAGGCGACAACACAUUUCCCAAUCUAUUGGCCAUCUUGACUGGCUAUAAUCCGGAUUCAGCCUUGGAAAAGGUGUGCAACUGGCACGAGAGAGGGUGCAUGGACCAGAUCCCCUUUAUUUGGAAGUAUCUCCGGAAUGCCAGCUAUCUGACAGCCUAUGCCGAGGAUCAGACGGGCAUGAGCACAUUCAAUUACGCAAAACCCGGUUUUGUAGAAUCCCCCACCGACUAUUACCUCAGGCCCUUCCAGAAGGCCUUCGAAUCGGACCUAAAUACCUGGAAAUGCGAAAACUGCUCGAUGAGGUACUGCAUCGGCCGGCGGAUCACGAGUAGCUACGUCUACGACAUGGCCAGGGAGUUUGCCAGGCGAUACCUGGACGAGCGUCCCAUCUGGGGUCUGUUCUGGUCGAAUAGUUUCAGCCACGACUGCUAUCAGAUGCCCGCCAAAAUGGAGGACUAUGUGCUGCAGUACCUGCUGGAUUUCCAGGCGGAUGGAGUGUUCGAACAGAGUAUUAUGGUGUUCCUCUCCGAUCAUGGAGCUCGGUGGGGAAAGCUCAUGUCCUUGCCCACUGGUUUUCUGGAGGAGCGUCUGCCCUCGAUGUUCAUCUACUUGCCACCCUGGUUCCGGGCUCAAUACCCGGAAUAUGCGAGUGCCUUGCAGGGAAAUCGGAACCGCCUCACCUCCAACUACGAUCUGCACAACACCCUGAAGCACAUCAUCGAACUGGGCAACGCUGCCGACAGCCCCAAGCUGCCCGGAUCGGUCGACUGUCCCAAGUGCCAGUCCCUAUUCUAUCCCGUCGGCGAGUCGAGAACGUGUGAAGACGCCGGAAUACCGGAGCACUACUGCACCUGCGUGCCCUACAAGAGACUCACGGCGGAUUGGGCACGGCGCAUUCCGCCCCGGGUGAUCGGUCGGAUAAACGAAUAUCUGGCCGGCAGGAAUCUCAGCGGCAUUUGCUCGGAGCUCACUCUGAAGCACAUUCACAGGAUAGAGAUGAAAAUUGGACUGGAACACAAUUUUAACGGUGACCUGCCCAUGGCAGAUGUGAAUACCUAUCGUAUUAAGUUCAAGGUGAACCAGAACACUGCCGUAUUCCAAGCCACCGUUCAGUACAAUAAUGUUACGGAGUCUGUGGAGGUCUCGGUGCCCACCAUAAGUCGGCUCGAUCGUUACAAAUAUGUUUCAACGUGUGUCGACGACAAAAUCGAUAAGAUGUAUUGCAUUUGCAAAAGUGAUCUUAAAAAAAUGGCUAGUAAGGGCUGA